AUGCGGCGAGGGCCGCUGCGCGACUUCGCCAAGUUUCUCGGGCAGGUUCAGAAGAAGGUCGCCGAGGACGUCAAGCUGCCCAUGUCCAAAGUUCUCUACAGCUACAAGUACGUGAGCAACGGCUUCGCGGCGCGGCUGACGCUGAAGCAGGUGCAGCAGCUGCGGCGGCACCCGCAAGUGGCGGCGGUGCGCGCGAGCCGCCGCAUAGUCGCGUCCACCACGCACUCGCCCGCGUUCCUCAACCUCCCCGGAACGCUGUGGCGCGCGAAUGGCGGCGUGCAGAGCGCGGGGGAGGACGUGAUCAUCGGGGUGAUCGACAGCGGGAUCUGGCCCGAACACCCCUCGUUCAGCGACAAUGGCACCCAACCAUACGCCGCGCCCCCAGCGCGGUGGGCGGGGCGGUGCGAGGCGACCAAGGACUUCCGCCAGUGCGGGCGCAAGAUCAUCGGCGCGCGCUUCUUCGCCUGCUGCGGCGUCGACACCACCAUCGAGUACUGGAGCGCACGUGACGCCGCUGGCCAUGGCUCUUGGUGUGCGGGAGCUGCGGCGGGCAACAACGGGGUGAUGGUCACAGGUCCCACCGGCGCCACCUUCGGAGCAGCCAGCGGCAUGGCUCCACGCGCGCGCCUGGCCAUCUACAAGGCUCUGUGGAAGGGCGCGGAUGGGAGCGCGGCGGGGGAGACGGUGGACAUAGAGGCGGCUAUAGACGCGGCUGUGGCGGACGGGGUGGAUGUGCUGAGCAUGUCGUUUGGUGAUCUGGGCAUGGAGGCCACUUAUUUCAGUGACGGCGCACUGCUGAAUGCGGUGCAGGCAAACGUGGUGCUGGUGAUGGCGGCGGGUAACGAGGGCCCUCCCCCCACCUACUACAACUACCGCUCGCUCACCAACGUCUCGCCCUUCUACCUCACUGUCGGCGCCAGCACCAUCGGGCGCCAGUACCGCACGCAGCUGCUGCUGGGGAACGGCGUGGCGAUCAAGGGCGUGGGGGUGGGGGGCACAGCGGAGACAGCCGCAGGGCUGGGAAUCAUUUCAGGCGGACAAGCCGUGGUGGAUGGGGGGGAUGUGGCCAAGGCGCAGCAGUGUUUUGACACCAUGCUGGAUCCAACCAAGGUGGCCGGCAAGAUCGUGGUGUGCGACCGGGGAGUCACCUCCAUCCUCUCCAAGGUCACCGUCGUGGCCUCGCUGGGCGGCAAGGCCAUGGUGCUGGCGAACGUGGCGAACAGCCCGUCAACCACGGUGGAGCUGGUGGAGGGGGCGACUAUCCCCACGCUGCAUGUGUCUCUGGAGCAGGCGGGGGAUAUCAUGGACUAUGUGCAAAGCGACCCCAGCCCCACAGCCUCUCUCGCAGUAGCAGCAGAGCCAGCAACCACAGCCACACCAGCGCCCUCAGUCGCCUACUUCUCCUCCACGGGCCCGGUAGCAGAGCCCUCGUCAACCCCACGCAAGCCCUUCCCCACCAACGACAUCCUCAAGCCCGACCUCAUCGCUCCGGGCUUCAACCUCUGGGCCGCCUUUGCCGGCGCCAGCCUCGCGACAAAAUCCGUGCCGGUGUUUUCUCUCCUGUCUGGGACAUCCAUGGCUACGCCGCACGUGGCUGGGAUCGCCGCGCUGAUUGUCCAGGCGCAUCCGGAGUGGUCUCCCGCGCAGGUCAUGUCGGCCAUUCUCACCACGGCCAGCACGAGCAACACUGCCGGAGGCCCGAUUUUGAAUAGUAUUGGCCAGCCGGCUACUCCGUGGGAUAUGGGAGCAGGGCAUGUGAACCCUGCGGGAGUGCUCGAUCCGGGGUUGACGUUCGAUGCGAGUUAUUCGGAUUACCUAUCCUUUCUCAGCGGCCAAGGAGGGAAGGUUUCGAUGAAGAGUCUCGGGCUGGGGAAAGCAGCUCCCAAGGGGUUGAAAGCGAUACCCGGGUAUAACCUCAACCGCCCGACGAUCUCCGUCUCACGCCUGGUGAAAACCGUGACCGUGAUCCGCUUUGUGACGAACGUUGCCGGUGUAAGCUCGACGUAUACAGCUCGGGUGGUCCCUCCGGUGAAUGUGAAAGUGGUUGUGAAGCCGACGGUGCUGGUGGUGGGUGCGGGUAAGACGGCGAAUUUUACCGUGCAGUUUACUGUGACGAAGGCGUCGCAGGAGUUUUCGUUCGGGAGCCUGUUCUGGGAGGAUGGGGCUGGGCACGUGGUGCGGUCGGUGCUUGCCGUGCAGCCGAUCAAGAAGUAA